CACACCACACCUGUGCCCAGCAGCACGUUGCACAGACAUACAGAGCCGCACCGCUGUAUCUCUGUUGCCGCUUUGCCGUCCGUUGCCCUUAAAUCUCUCGUCUUCGUUCUCUCGUCUUCAUCCGCUCGUUCGUCCAGCCGCUUCUUGCUCCCCUCUCUUACCACGUCUCCGAACUUGCAUCCCCCCGGCCCCGCCAUGACCUCUCCCGCUGUGACUUCCUCUGCCAAUACCACACCCCAGUCCGGUUCAUCCCAGGGCCAGAGCCGCUUCGGAGCUGCGACCCCGAGAUCCGGCUUCGCCCUUGCUGCGACCUCGUCCACCGACCCACCCAGCGUGGUCGGCAACUGCAUCUCGGCUCGGUAUGAUUUCAAGGAUCCUUCCCGCAUCGCCGCCCCGGCACCGACCAACCCCGAGCGCCGAGGAGCCCCUCCGCUGAUCGACUAUACCGUCUACGACUGGACCAUCGAUCACGCCAAGGACCUGGUCACAUUUGGUGCAACGGGUGGGCUCAUGCUCUCGGCCAAGCCGCCGGACACUCUCAACCCGUAUGGAUCCAGUACCCGUGUUUCAUCGACUCGCUAUAUCCUGUACGGCAAGAUCACCGCCCGCCUCAAGGCCGUGCGUCAGAUCGGCUUUGUCACGUCCUUCAUCACAAUGUCCGAUAUUGGAGACGAAAUCGACUGGGAAAUGGUCAAGGGCCAGUCUCAGAGCAACGUCUUUUACCACCAGUACCAAGAUCAGUCUCCUUGGAACCUGACCAAGCUCGACCCCGAAAAGGGCACUCACUACGGGGCCUUUGUGCCCUCGGGCGCCUUCGACGACUGGCACAUCUAUGAAAUGGACUGGACCCACAACCAGAUCACGUACUCUAUCGACGGCGUCGUCCAAAAGAUUUUCACAAAGGCCGGCGACGGCAAACAGUCCAAGCAAGUCCAGAGUGGCCUCAUUCAAUACUGGUAUCCUACAACACCAUCCCUCAUCCAGUUCUCCCUUUGGGACGCCGGCGAUUCCGAUCGCACACGGGAGUGGGCCGGCGGCGCAACCGACUGGAGCGGUGCUGACCCGAAUUACGGUCGGUACGCCAUCUUCGAAUAUGUCCAAGUCCAGUGUUACGACGACAAGGACCAACCUGUUCCAAAGUGGCCAGCCGAUACUCCCGACCAGCGGGCCGGACGAGGCAUCGUUGGCGUGCCUAUGAAUGCCGACGGCACUGUCCCUGGCGAAACCAAUCCCUUCCUGGUCCCCAACACCAACACCUCCAACCUCAGCCCCGGCAGCGGCCCUUCGCCUGUACCGUCGUCCUUUGUCGAUCCACGAACCGCCAACCGACAUACCAGCGGGGCGGGCCAGCUGCAACUUACUCCCUUCAACUGGAUGCUGAUGCUGGUUGCAUUCUGGGCGGCGCUAUUUGCUCGCCAAGGGUAAAGGUACCGAGAUGGUGAAAUAGAGGGCAACUGAGCUAAUUGCCCAAGGCCUUGACGAUGCCGAGGCCGAUCGGCGCUUUUCACGCCGUUGUUGCUACUUUGGCUAUCUCCUUGAUAAUACAGCGAGUCGAAAACGAAA